UUUAUGAUUUGCUGAAGGUUGACAAUGAAUACCGCAGCCGAUGGAACAAUGAGCUGUACGAGCUGUACGGGGAGGUUGGUAUAGUUCAGCGAAGCAGUGAACAAUGGCUGCGGUGUCUUGGUCAUUGGCCCGAAUAGAUAAGAACAAUCCAGUUUUUAUAAGUUGUCGAUGCAGUACCCGUUGGUGGACAGAGGAAGAGGAAAACUUCCACUCCAUUGGAAAGACCAACUGGAGUCCUAGCUGUACUGGGUAUCAUAUUUCCAAUUGGAGCCAAGCAGCGAAAGGAAGGAAUGAAUGGUGGACUGUUGUUGUUAACUCGGCUACAAUUGCGUGGGCAGUGUCUAUGCCAGUAAAAGUAGAAGAGGAAGACGAAUCGAGCAUAUAUUGAAAGUCUGCAAAGAAAGGGCUUAAGGCUUUUUUUGGGGCUUCAAUGGUUCUUCAAUAGCUAUUUUUUAACCUUCUGAAAUAAUUUAUAUUGAAAUAUUUGAAUUAACUAACUAAGACUUUCGUCAGAUAUGAAGUAUAUAUAAUAUAAAAAUAUAAACAUACGUGUAUAUAUUAUUUUUGCACAGCGCUCUCAUUAACCGAGAGCUUAUUAGUGAUCUGCAUGGUGGUUAAGAAGCAUAUGCAGAAGAGCAUUUUCUUUAAUUUAAUGAGCGAAGAAAGAUUCUAACCACUCAACUCAACUCAGCGGAUUUUCCCAGCACUUUUCCGCCACAACCACUAUCUCGAGAGCUGAGAUGAUUUUUCGCGCUCGUGCAAGUGAUCGUUUUAGCGGACCGUUAGUUGUGUUCGUGCCGUGGUGUUGUUGAGAACGUUUUCCUUGUGCAUAUGUUCGUGCUGUCGCGUUGCGUUCUUGUGCGUUUUGAUCUCAAAAAGUGUCUCCAAAGAAAAUAAAAACUUAAAUUUAAUAAAAAAGUGAAUGUGAAUAAAUGUGUAAUCGAACGAACUGCAACAUCUUGUAAAGCAUCGAAGAAAUUCGUGAAUGAAAUAAUCAAUGUAAAACGAAAUUUGAAAGACAAAAACCAACACCAGCCACCAGGCUGACUAAAUCCACGGUACACAACACACACAUAAAUGCAUGAUCGCCUGCGAUUCAAACGCCGUUACGAAUCAUGAGUGAUGCCGGUGAGCCGGGCAAAGUGCCACCUUCCUCAGACGACAAACAGCAAAGUGAAACGCAGGACUCCACACGACGGCGGCCGCAAGCCGCAACAAGUGCUUUACCACCGCAACCACACGAACUGACGGCGGAAUGGACUGUGCGCGCACAAUUAACUUUCGCACGUGCCGGUGAGAAAGUGCAACGUGAAUUUAGCGCCAACGACCCGGUCAAUCCAGUGCGUGUUGUCUACAAAUGGUCCACAUUCGAUUCGCCACUGCCACCGGACGAUGACGCAGACAUUGCGGAUGCGGAUGCGGAUUUAAUGGACGACUCGUCGACCUCGACACUACACCAGCGAAACUCAUUCGCCAGUCGUGGUUCACGUCAAUCCACGCCGCUUAAGACCGCACAGCAACACAAUCGACGUUGGCAGCAAGCGGCACACGAAAGCUUUCGUUCGACAACCUCAUCAACCAAUGCUGAUCUCGGUGGUGGUGAUUCCGCAUUCAGCGGUUCGAAUGCGUCCAAACAACGCCAACGACCGUAUCAACGUCAGACUCAGACCACAAGCGGCAAUGGUACGCACACAACGGGCACUCCGCUUUACGGUACACGUUGCCGUAGUACAUGCAACAUUGUCGUCUCAGCCGUUGCAGAUUUUUUACCCACCAACAGUGCAGCGGGCGAUGCUUCCACCGGAGCGGGUGAAACGGCGGCUUACGCGAGUAGUGGUUGCGGCUUAGGCGGUGCAACGACACAUGUCAUGGCUACAGCGACGGAUCUUAUACCGGAAGAAGAGCCGGAUCCAUUUGUAUUCAAUACAACGGCGUCGUAUACUGUCUUACCUCAGCGGUCCAUCGAUUCCACGAUGUCUGCAGGUUCGAAAAAUCUCAACACAUUUGGUAAAAUGUUAGCACUUCGUGAUGCUUUCUCACAGACAAGCGAUACGGAGACUAAAUAUUUUGAAGAGCAACGUGAACGUCGUGAAUAUGAGCGACGUCGUUACACUAACAGUCGUAGUCCGUUAGAACGACGAACUACGACGCAGCAACAACCUCAACAGCAGAAAGAGCGUAAGUCUUAUGAACAGCGUCGUGCCACAACAGAAGGACUACUUCAGACGCCUUCAAGCCAUAUUGGCGGCGGCGAUUCCUAUGUGGACGAGGCAAACUCCUAUAUGCCUUCGUUUCUAACCUCACCAUCGCACACAUUCAAGUCUGCCUCAAUGCCGCGCAUACCAACCAUGCCAGAACAAGCACGUGCCCAACAGCUACAGCAGCAACAAACACUCGCAUCCAAACAGAAGUCCAAUUCGAGCGAACCGUUGAAGAAACCGCGUACCGUACAUAUUGACGUCUAUUGCACGGGCUCCGAGGAUGAAGACGAUGAUGGGGAUGGCGGAGAGGAUGAGGGUGAUCAUGCCGAUGCUGAGGCCAGUUCGGAUGCUUCGCACGAUGAGGAGGAUGAUGCGAGUAAGCGUUUUGAUUUGGAGUCGAAUUCCACGCCUCAAACUGUCUUCGACAAUGAACAACUGGUUUUGAAACAUAAACGCAUUACUGGACAAGCGUUACCGCGUCGCUUACAACAACAGCAACCGCAAUCAGCUUCAAAAGGCGCCGAAGCACACGCCACCCACAAUCAGCAGAGACAACAAGCAGGCGAUUUGAGCAUUGGUCAUGCGAUAACCAAGUCAAGCACCGCAGAGGAGGUGUCUGAGUCAAAGCAAUUACUCUUUCGCAAACAUAUUGGCGAUCAACGUGCCGCGAAGUUGGCAGCUCUACGCCAAAAAUAUAUGCGUCAACCCAGUGAUGAUGCCAUCAGCUCUAAUUACCCGAACUCAUCGCGUUCGACGGUGCGUGACGCUACUUGCAGCAGCAUUGCUUCGAGCGUAGUGACCGCCGAGUAUGCGGAUUCUUCGUGGAAAGAAACAGAGGAUCAAGAAGAAAUUAAUUCGCUGGCGAAGUCAGAUAGUUUUGAGUAUGAGAACACCACAGAUCGGUUGCGCAUAAAACAGAUGGAACGUUUCUGGUCACGUACAUCGUCUAUGGAUGAUGGAUCUAGUGGGCAGCGUCAAAUGUCUUCGGCUUCACCCGUACGCGGGCACAUGCAAGGCGCCUUCUUGCAGCCCAUAUCCGAAGUGAGCUCGCAACGUAACUCACCGUACACUAAAGGGUUCUUGCGCAACGACACUUUACCCUCGGAAUCGGAAGUCUUUUCGGAGACAUCCGACAACUACUACACCACCUAUCCCGGUGCGACGCCUCCUCAACGUGCCACGCCCACUUAUCUACAGCAGACGUCACAUUUUCCACGCAAUCGCCCAGGAUUCUUGCAAUUUUUCGGCCCUUCUGCCUCACCCAGCCCCCAAAACCAAAUGCAUCCUCACAUUUCAUCGGAAUCGCCAACACCAGCUGUAACCACAACAGCUGCUGCACGCACCAUGGUCUCGCCACCACAUGCGCAACUAGUUUAUCCUGGUUAUCAACCACAUUUGCAACGUUGGAAAAGCGAGACGCGUGACAAUCUUUCAACUCACGGCACUGCAUCGCCAGUCGAUCGCAGCAGUUGCGGCGCUGUCUCACCACCGCCGUCAUCGACACAUGGACUCUCGCCCUCAUUUCAGCGUAGUGGCAGUGAGGCGCCACCAGCGACCACCUCAGCUGCGACAUUCCAUCAGUCGCCCAUGAUUGCGCGUCGUUUUGAAAUGAAACACGAAAGUCCAGCUAUUAGCGAAGCCUCUACCACCUACUCCGGCUACACGGCCGAAUACCUGCUGAAAGCGAAAAAGUUUGGACCGGUAGUGAGUACAGCACGGAAGCCGGGUCAUCACGUUGGACCAACAAAGAAUCCAAAUUGUGCUUGUGAGAGCUGUCAGCGUUGGCUGGCCGAGCGGUUUCAGGUGCGUAGUCGUGCAUUUUCGCUAGGAGAGCGUCCAAUAUUGCGACGUCCCACUUGAGGGAGAGGGAGCCAGCGGACGAAUGAAUAAUAAAUGAAUGAAGAUACACUGCCAUAACUUAGUUAAAGGAAUAUAGAGUUUAGUUCGAGCUAAAUUUGUCCGUAUCCAAUAAUGAAAAUGCAUUUAUGUUACAUAAAUGAUUAUAAAUAAAGAUAGAUACAUAUAUAAUAUAUAUAUAUAUGUAUUUAUAUAUAUACGAUUAGGUCUGGAUGUAGUAUAUAUAAUGUUGUUGUUGUUUCUGUCUGUGUAAAAUACUUAAGCAGCCAUCUCAAAUACUUCUUACAUACAUAUCCACUUCCCUAAGAGCCGAUUUAAUUAAAAAAAAAUUUAUUUUGCUUGUAUCCAUAAUUUAAAGUAAAAUUUCUAUGAAACUAAUUUUUGUAUGAAUGUUAAAAGGUAAAAAGUAGAGAGACUUAUCUCUGCAUCUAACAUACAGGGUGCACCAUCUGGGCCUUCGGUACUUCAACAUUGAUUAACUCUGUCGGUUGUUAGUCGAUUUUCAUUAAAUGCCAUUUUAACCAUGAGCCAAUACACCCCGAAUGAACGCGUUGAAAGCGUAGCGCUUAACUUCGAAAACAAUCGUUCAAUUGUGAAAACAGCACGUGUCUAUCGUUUGAAGCUCAUUUCACCCUCUCCGGCGGAGUCAAUAAACAAAGCUGUGGAUGGCCGCCUCGUUUUCCAGAUUUAACUGUACCGAACUUUUUUUUCUUUGGAACUAUUUAAAAAGUAAAGUUUAUGCCGACUAACUAAAAGGUACACACGAGGCGAAAUAGCUCAGUGAAACGCCUGAAAAGCUGGCCAAUAUUAAGCAGAUUGCGGGAAAAGGAGCUACUUUUUGUGUAUCGAAUGAAGGUGGUCAUUUAAUCGUCGUUGUGUACUGAAACCAAUUCGAAAUAAAUGGCAAAGUAUAUUAAAAGUAUAUAUCAGAGUUCCUUAAUGUUGAAAUAUCGAACGUCUAGAUGGCGUGCGCUGUACAUAUACUCGUAUGUACUUAAGCGCUUAUGUAGAAACCAACUGUUCCUCAAUUACCCCAGCUGAAUUGUAAAAAUGUCCAAAAAUGAAUAAAAUCUUUAUAUAAAAUACAAAA